UGCAACCAACAUAAUGUUGGCUCUCCGAAUUUUGGACAAGUAUUAUACAAAAUGGCACAGGUGCAAGUUAACCUGGACCAUGACAUACCUCUGCUACUCCUUCCACCCUACUGGGCUAAAACCAUUGUGGGAUUUCUUUCCAUCAUCUGCUUUGUGAACAGCUAUGAUGGGGAUUUUGUCUUUGAUGACUCUGAAGCUAUCAUCAAUAACAAGGACCUCAGGGCAGAUACCCCCCUUGGCGACCUGUGGCAUCAUGAUUUCUGGGGCAGCAAACUCAGUAGCAAUACCAGCCACAAAUCCUAUCGGCCGCUUACUGUGUUAACUUUCAGGAUUAAUUACCUUUUAGCUGAAGGCUUUCACCCAUUGGGCUUUCAUGUCAUCAACAUAAUACUCCAUUGUAUUAUCUCCGUCUUAAUUGUGGACGUCUUUUCAAUAUUAUUGGGUGGGCUGCAAUAUACUAACAAAGGCAGACGGCUAAACCUUGUCCCUAAAUCAUCAUUGCUGGCUGCUUUGCUAUUUGCUGUACAUCCCGUGCACACUGAAUGUAUUGCAGGAAUUGUUGGCAGAGCGGACUUGUUGUGUGCCCUCUUCUUUUUGCUGUCAUUCCUUGGCUACUGCAGAGCCUUUAGAGAAAGUAAAGAAGGCCCCCAUUUUUCUACGGCCUGGGUCUUAUUAAGUGUUCUCCUGGGUGCUGCGGCCAUGCUGUGUAAAGAACAAGGGAUUACAAUACUGGGCUUAAAUGCUCUUUUUGAUGCAGUGGUGAUUAACAAGCUCAAUAUAUUAGACAUUCUUCUGAAGAUACUUCAUAAAGACAAGUCACUAGAGAGCCUGGUGGUGUUUAGAAAAGGACUCCUUUUCAGGAUGACUCUUUUGUUCUCUGGAGGAGCCACCAUGCUGUAUGUGCGCUGGCAAAUUAUGGGCACGGGGCCCCCAGCAUUUACGGAGGUGGAUAACCCAGCUUCAUUUGCAGAGAGUCCGUUUGUGAGGGCUAUAAACUAUAAUUACUACUAUUCGUUGAAUGCAUGGUUGCUGCUGUGUCCCUGGUGGCUGUGUUUUGAUUGGUCAAUGGGCUGCGUGCCCCUUAUUAAAUCAGUCAGUGACUGGAGAAUAAUUGCAGUAGGAGUUCUUUGGUUCUGCCUAAUUGCUCUGACGUGCCAGGCCUUGUGCUCUGAAGACAGCCAGAGGAGAAGAAUCCUUACGUCAGGAUUGGGAUUUCUUAUUAUUCCUUUUCUUCCUGCAAGCAACCUCUUCUUUCGAGUUGGAUUUGUCAUUGCAGAAAGGGUGACCUACCUUCCCAGCAUUGGCUAUUGCCUGUUGAUUACAUAUGGAUUUAGUCUGUUGAGCAAACAAGUUAAGAAGAAGAAAUUGCUUGUUGCUGCUCUGCUGGGCUUCUUGUUGAUAAAUGUGUGGCGCUGUAUUGUCCGCAGUAACCAGUGGAGAUCUGAAGAGCAACUUUUCAGAAGUGCUUUGUCUGUGUGUCCGCUAAAUGCCAAAGUUCAUUAUAAUGUUGGCAAAAAUUUGGCUGACAAGGGCAACCAAACAGCCGCAAUCAACUAUUACAGGGAGGCAGUAAGAUUGAAUCCUAAAUAUGUGCACGCCAUGAACAACUUGGGAAAUAUCUUGAAAGAAAGGAAUGAACUCCAGGAAGCUGAAGAGCUGCUGUUGUUAGCAGUACAAAUACAGCCUGAUUUCGCAGCAGCAUGGAUGAAUCUAGGAAUAGUACAAAAUAGCUUAAGAAGAUAUGAAGAAGCAGAGAAAAGCUAUUGGACAGCAAUUAGACACCGGAAAAAAUACCCAGAUUGUUACUAUAAUUUAGGACGUUUGUAUGCUGAUUUAAAUCGUCACGUAGAUGCAUUGAACGCCUGGAGAAAUGCCACUGUUUUGAAACCACAACACAGUCUGGCUUGGAACAACAUGAUUAUAUUACUUGAUAAUACAGGUAACUUGGCACAAGCAGAAGCUGUCGGAAGAGAGGCUUUGGAAUUAAUACCUAACGAUCACUCUCUCAUGUUUUCACUGGCAAAUGUGUUGGGGAAAUCACAGAAAUAUAAGGAAUCUGAAGCUUUGUUCCACAAGGCAAUUAAAGCCAAUCCAAUGGCAGCCAGUUACCAUGGUAAUUUGGCUGUGCUGUACCAUCGCUGGGGAAAUCUUGACUUAGCCAAGAAACACUAUGAAGUCUCUCUGAAGCUUGACCCCACAGCAGCUGGGACCAGGGAGAACUAUAGUCUUUUAAAAAGGAAACUGGACCAACUGCAAAAAAGGGGUGACGUCUGAGCUUUCUUCUCAGGCUUUGAAUGCAUAGCAGAUAGCAUUUAUUGGUAAUGUGGCCAUCAUCAGAGCAUAGCAUUCAGUCACACUCUCAUUUAAAAACAAUACAGUACUAUAAUUAUAGUACCAGAGGUGGACAUUGGGAUUUUUCUUGGAGACUGACAUCAAAAAGUAAUUAAAAAACAACAACAAUCAGCCUUAUUUUCAAACUGCUCAUGUAGGGAAUUAAAGGAUUUUUGUUUCUUCUUCUAAAUAUUUGAACUAAUUUUUAAAUACGUUGAAGAUCUGAUACCCAGAGCAUUUGCACUAAUAGAGGCCACACUAAAUUGAACAGUAGGACACAUUCAAAUUAUAUAUUAUAUAAUUAUAUGCAUUUUCUGUGGAAAAUAUAACCAUAACACGAUACAGCAAAUCAGGAAAGAAAAUGAAUGGUAAUAUUUUACUUUUGUGUAUACUUAGUCAAUGGAAUUCCAAUGCAGUUUUGGUAUGAAAUGUGGACCUGAUAUAAUGACAUCAUAUUGAACAACAAAUGUUACUUUUUACAUCCAGGUGAAGACGAUGUUUGUCUUAAUAAUGUAGAGGGUAUUGCUUUUUCUGAGAGGUUUUCUUGUUCUGUCCAUUGAAUACACAGUUAAUAUAUGUAUAUGGUGAGAGUGGAAUCAAUUCAGUUACUUUAUCAAGAUAAACCUUUGAAUUCAAAUCAUUUAUAGGUUCAAAGUCAACCUUUAGCUGUUGCUAUGCAGCUUAAUUGGUUAUGAAGGAGGGCUUGAUGUCAAAGUAGUUUAAAUUAGAAAACCUCUCAUACCUGGAAAUAUGCCUGGAGUCUCAUAGCAUCUCAACUGGGCAAUGGUUAUUACAUUUUAAGUCAGUGUGACUGUUUGUCGGGUUUUUGUCUGCUGUUUUGUUGGCAGCUGCUUCCUCUGGGAUGUUAGCAGUUUAAAUUCACAUGGUGCACCAGGGUUCUUAAUUCUUCUCGGGAAUGAUAGGACUCGGAUCUCUUGUUGAGCUCAACAGUUCUUUAAAGAAACAAAAGCUUUGCUUAGAUGCUCUUAAAAUCAUCAUCCUCAUCGAACUGCAGAGCUGAAAGAGACC